UCGCGCGUUCCAAAAUGGAAGAGAAGGCGAGAGCGGACCAACGCCACUAAUUCACCACACAACCGCAAGGCGACUUCUGAGCAAUUCGGGGAAAGAAAUCAGGAAAAUUCUUUUUCACGCUUGUUUGCUGACGUGGCAACGGGAAAAACAUCCAUGGGGAUCAAGUGGACGAUGACGUCAUCAAGUAGUCUUGUUCGGCAGUGGUCAUUGUGCGUUCUUCUCCUUCUCUCAAGCGAUGGCUAUGGCGGCUAUGAAGGAAGCCAGGGUGCCGUCGUUAGAUUGGCGUUCGCACAGCUGUCACCUCCACCAGAUGCCACGUCAUCCUCCUCAUCAAUACCUAUAGUCCCAGCCUUACCGUCCGAAGGGGAAGGGGAACCCAGUCCCGAGCCUAAUCCAUUAUCCGAGGGCUCUGCAUCUUCCACUUCUGUCGAGUCAGCAGUCGCUUCUCUUCCCCCAUCCCCUUCCGCCGGUGUCCCGACCCCAGCGGAAGGCGGCGCAAGCACCGCCUCCGCUCAGUCUUCCGAACCCAAUCCCGAUCCCAAUCCAUUAUCCGAGGGCUCUGCAUCUUCCCCUUCUCUGGAGCCAGCAGGCGAUUCGCUUCCCCCCACGGCGAUACCAGUGGAAGGAGACUCAAGUGUCGCCUCCGCUGAGCCUUCUGAACCUGUUCCCGAAUCCGUCCCGAUUCCUGUCAAAGUCCCCGAAUCCGUCCCGAUCGCUGUCAACGUCCCCGAAUCCGUCCCGAUGCCUGUCAACGCCAGCGAGGCUUCCACCCCCCCCACCCUCACCGCUGACGCCACUUCGCCGGCUGAGAGUGAAUCCCCGCCGUUGAUUGCCUCCUCAUCACCACUGUCUCCGUCAAACCUAUCAGAGCCAUCUGCGCCGUCGACGUCCCUGAGCACUCCUCUGGCCCCCUCCUCCCUCUCCCAACCUCCAUCCGCCCCAGCGGAAACGGUCGCAAUCAACGACUCCGCUCUGCCUUCCGCAGCUGUCCCCGAAUCUGUCCCCAUCGUAGCCAUCAAUAGCAGUACUCCCCCCUCCGACAAUCUAUCCCCGACCCCCUCCUCUCUCUCCCAACCUCCAUCCCCCCCAGCGGAAGCGGUCGCAAUCAACGGCUCCGCUCUGCCUUCCACAGCUGUCCCCGAAGCCGUCCCCAUCAUAGCCAUCAAUAGCAGUACUCCCCCCCCCUCCGACAAUCAAUCCCCGAUCGUGAUCGUCUCCUCAUCACCCUCGUCACCGUCGAACUUAUCAGAGCCAUCUGCGCCGGCGAUGGAGGUCAGCUCUCCUCAGCCUCAGCCUGAGGCUCCCCCACUUUCUCCAUCCCCUCUUGCUGUUGGCGUCAACAUCGGAUUCGGCCAGAGUUCACAGCCAAUCAACGCGAGCGAGAUGAUGGGCAUCUUGCAAGAGGUCAACGCGAGUUCUGUCAAGCUGUUCGGUGAUUACAGCGACACUCCAGAGGUGGACGCGUUCAUGACUGCACUUGCAGGGACGGGAAUCGACGUGGUGAUUUCCACGUCGAUGGAACAAAUACUGAUCUUCGCUGAGAACGUCAACAAUGAAACGGAGGCAUUCGUUCAGUCGAAGAUCGUCAGCCGUCCAUAUGUCAAGAUCUCCGCCAUCGCGGAUCCAUCUUAGUGAGAUACCCCUCUCUUUUUCUAGGCUACCAGGGCUGAGGGCCCACUAGCAAUGAGCCUUGGAUUCAGAACCGGAAUC